GUCAGUCGGUGAUCUUGAACUAGAAGCGGGCCGAGUACAAUUUUUAUGCUUCACAAUUAAAUAGAAUAGAAGUAAUUAAAUAAAGUGAAGUGGAGAAGUGUUAAUAUCAAAUGAGAAGACUCAAUAAAUGUGCUUACGAUAAGAAGAUAAGAACUUCUCUUCAAAUAGUUGUUAAAUCUAAUUAUUAGCAAAUAUUUCUAUAAAGAUAAAAUAAGCAAUCUGUGCAAAUUAUUUAAUAAAAAUGCAACAAAACAAAUACUAGUAAAGGAACUAAUAACAGUCGUAAAAGUUCACGUAGAAAAAAUUAAUGUCAAAUUCAUUGACUAUUUUUACAAAGUUCGUAGCCUUGACUACAUUCAAUAACGCAUAAGGAAGUCAUCCAUACCACAAACAUUCAAUUAAAUUUAUUUACCGGCUACUCUUUUAAUAGUGUCAUGGACGUGUGUGUACCCCCCGUAUGUGUUUAAGAUGCACUACGCAAGUCCAUGCUGACUACAACUUUUACAUAACUACACCGGAAUACACGCAAAGAAACCAUUAAGUUAGAAAUAUUUUUGAAGUGUGAAGUGACUGCAACGUUUAAUUAAAUGUCGUGUGAAAUAAAAAAAGUGAUAAUUCUUAAUUGACCCAGUGAACUCGGCACCCCACACAUGAAUGAAAAAUUUUUUAAUAGAUUUUUUAAAAAUUUGCAACUCAUCAUUAUAUAUCAAUAAUUAAGAGUGAACCCCUUUAAAAAUUUAGUGAGAAACUCAAACAAAAAUGACCUCAACAACGGACAGUACACAGAGCCGUAAGAAUAAGAAGGCUAAGAAAAAAGUGAAAGAAGAACGCACUAUUAGCUUUCAUGAACUUUUUCGUUAUGCUAAUUAUUGGGAUCAUUUCUUAAUUUUUAUCGCCUGUCUAAUGGCAUUUAUCAAAUCCCUGGUAUUCCCUGUUGCGAUUAUCGUGUACAGUGAACUAGUGGCAAUGUUCAUAGACCGAAAUCUUGGCGUUGGCACUAGUUCUGCAACAAUAGCCUUACCAUUAUUUGGAGGUGGAAAAAUGCUCUCAAAUGCUACACAUGAGGAGAAUAUGGCCGAACUGAAGAAGGAUUCUAUUUCAUUUGGCAUUUUAAUAACUAUAGAUACAAUUGUUUUGUUUAUAUCGGGAAUUGCAUAUGUAGACUUACUUAAUCAUGUAGCCCUCAAAUUAAUAGUGCGCAUGCGUCGCAAGUUCUUUGAGGCUACGAUACGCCAGGACAUUGGUUGGCACGAUGUUACGAAGAAUCAAAAUUUUGCAGUAAGAAUAACAGAUAACAUGGAGAAAAUUCGGAACGGCAUUUCAGAGAAUAUAGGUCAUUUUAUACAACUAUUUUGUGAUAUUGUUAUUAGUAUUAUAAUAUCAUUUAUAUAUGGAUGGAAACUUACUUUAUCCAUUUGUAUUUAUAUACCCUUGACAGUUCUUGUUAAUUAUGUUGUUGCCAAAUACCAAAGUAAAUUAACUACACGAGAACAGGACUCAUAUGCUAUUGCUAGUUCUAUUGUAGAAGAAGUAAUUGGCGCAAUACGCACAGUGGUAGCAUUUGGUGGGGAAAAAGUCGAAGCACAACGCUACGAACAACGUCUGGUACCUGCACGUAAAGCAGGUCAACUAAAAGGUGCCUGGUCUGGCUUAAGUGAUUCCAUAUUAAAAGCUAUGCUCUUUAUUGCAAGUGCAGCUUCAUUUUGGUAUGGUGCACAUCUUAUAUUGGACGACCGUGAGAAGAAUGCAGAAGACAAAGAUUACACACCUGCUGUAUUAAUGAUUGUUAUUUCUGGUAUUAUUGUUGGUGCUGAUCAUAUUUCACGUACCACACCUUUUUUGGAGACAUUUGCUAUGGCGCGUGGUUCAGCUGUUGCCAUUUUUGAAGUAAUGGACUCAACACCUAAAAUUGAUCCAAUGUCAAAGGAUGGAAAAAUUUUGAAUUAUGGCCUUAAAGGCAAUAUUGAAUUUCAGGAUGUGUUCUUUCGCUAUCCAUCUCGAGAAGAUGCUAUAGUGUUACGAGGUUUUAAUUUAUCGAUUAAAGAAGGAGAAACGGUAGCAUUGGUGGGAUAUUCAGGGUCUGGAAAAUCAACUUGUGUUCAAUUGCUACAAAGAUUUUAUGACCCCAUAUUUGGUAAAAUAUUAUUGGAUAAUGAAGAUAUAAAGAAAUACAAUGUAUCUUGGCUUAGAUCCAAUAUGGCAGUAGUUGGUCAAGAACCAGUACUCUUUCAGGGAACGAUAGGUGAGAACAUACGCCAUGGCAAACCUGAUGCCACACAAAAAGAAGUUGAAGAUGCGUCACGAGCGGCUAAUGCUCAUGAUUUUAUAAUCGGCUUACCGGACAGUUAUAACACUAUUAUAAGUGAAAAGGGAGUUCAGCUUUCUGGUGGACAGCGCCAACGAAUCGCGAUUGCUCGAGCACUUAUACAAAAACCAAAAAUUUUACUUCUUGACGAAGCAACAUCAGCAUUGGACUAUCAUUCUGAAAAACUAGUGCAAAGCGCUUUAGAUCGCGCCAGCAAAGGACGUACCACAAUUGUCGUAUCUCAUAGGCUUUCUGCCAUUUGUCACGCAGAUCGCAUUAUCUUUAUCAGUGAUGGUAAAAUUUUAGAACAGGGCACCCAUGACGAACUAAUGCAGCGUGCCGGAAAAUACUAUGAUAUGGUAUCAGCACAUGAAUACACUGGAAAUGCAGAAGACACAAUUACCGAUAUGGAGAGUGAAAUUAAUUUGGAACUGAUGAAAGAUCGAAAACUAUCAGAAGACUUAGUAAAACAAAAAAAUUCUAUGCUAGACCCCAGAUUUUCAGAAUCAUCUAUUGAUAAAAAUGUAAUUAAAUACUUUUCAAAUAAGAAAGCGAAAAACGAUGAAAAUUUAACAGAAAAGGAAGAAACCACCAAUUUUACUAAAACUUUUUUUCGCAUUCUACUUUCUACUAAACCUGAAUGGAGCUUUCUUGCUUUAGGCACAAUAUGUGCUGGACUUUAUGGUUGCGCACAGCCAGCAUUUUCUUUAGUUUUAGCAGAGUUAUACGCCUCAUUAGCCGAACCAGAUCCAGAAGAUGUACUUAAACAUACUUCCACGAUGUCCAUCAUUAGUGUUGUAGUGGGUCUAUCGGCAUGCGUGGUAUGCUUUACUCAAACAUACUUCUUCAACUUGGCGGGUGUAUGGUUGACUACACGCAUGAGAUCUGAAACGUUUCGUUCUUUUAUGCGUCAAGAUAUGGCUUGGUUUGAUGAAAAAGAGAAUAGUGUAGGUGCACUUUCUGCGCGUCUCUCUGGUGAUGCCUCAAGUGUACAAGGCGCAAUUGGAUUUCCCCUCAGCAAUAUAAUACAAGCGUUAACCAAUUUCAUUUGUAGUUUUUCCAUAGCAUUUGCCUACUCAUGGGAACUGGCACUAAUUUGCCUUUGUACAGCACCAUUUAUGGUCGCUGCUAUAGUCUUUGAAGCUAAAUUUGCAAAUAAAUCUGCUUUAAAAGAAAAAGUUGUGUUAGAAGAGACUAGCCGUAUUGCUACCGAAACCAUAGCUCAAAUACGAACAGUUGCAGCUUUGCGCAGAGAACCGGGCGUCAUAGCAGAAUACGAUAAGGAAAUAGAUCGAUAUGAAAUGCAAAUUAAAAGACGUCUACGUUUUCGUGGCUUGGUUAAUUCAUUAGGAAUGGCUAUAAUGUUCUUUGGAUAUGCUGUCACCUUAACUUACGGUGGCAUUAUGAAUGCUGAAGGCAAAAUUAAAUUCGAAGAUAUUAUGAAAAUUGCUAAUACUAUGUUGUACGGUUUGUUCAUACUUGCACAAUCACUUGCUUUUACACCAGCGUUUAAUGCUGCUCUCAUAUCGGCAAGUCGUCUGUAUCAAAUCAUCGAUCGUGAACCAUCAAUUCAGUCACCUGAUAUAUUUGGCGCAAAAUCCAAUGGUGUUGUGAUUUCCAAAACAAAUGUUGUGCAACAGGGUGUGAGCUAUCGUGACAUUAACUUCAGCUAUCCAACACGUCCAGAUCAGAAAGUCUUAAAAAAUUUUAACCUAGAUGUAUUGCAAGGAAAAACAAUUGCCUUAGUAGGUUCUUCGGGGUCAGGCAAAUCAACUUGUGUACAACUGCUUCAACGUUUUUACGAUCCUAUCAGUGGAAAGAUUCUAAUUGAUCAGGAAGACAUACACCAGGACAUGGAGCUGCCAACUCUACGUCGUCGUUUAGGUAUAGUAUCACAAGAACCAUCACUUUUUGAAAAGACAAUAGCAGAAAAUAUUGGUUAUGGCGACACAACUCGCGUGGUGCCUAUGACACAAAUCAUUGCUGCUGCUAAAAUGGCAAAUGCUCAUGAUUUUAUUACAGCACUUCCUUCAGGUUAUGACACAUGUCUAGGUUCAAAGGGUACGCAACUAUCUGGUGGACAAAAACAACGCAUAGCUAUUGCUCGCGCCUUAGUAAGAAAUCCGAAAAUAUUGCUAUUAGAUGAAGCGACUUCAGCGCUCGAUUUGCAAAGCGAAAGAGUUGUACAAACUGCACUGGAUGAGGCUUGUGCUGGUAGAACAUGUAUAGUAAUUGCACAUCGAUUGGCCACUGUGCAGAAUGCAGAUCUUAUAUGUGUUAUACAAAGUGGACGUAUCGUUGAACACGGAAAUCAUCCACAGCUAAUUGCGAAAAAUGGUAUAUAUGCCAAACUAUAUCGCAGUCAACCAAAUACACAAUAGAAAUCUUUCAUCCAAAAAUCAAACAGAAUAGCUUUAGUAGUUUAUAUUAUCUUUAAUUCUAAAUUAACUUUAGUUGAUAAUCAUAUAUGAUAUAUAUAUCUUUUCU